AAUUGGCAACUUUUUAAAAUACGGAUGCUUUAAAGUUGUUGGCCCCAAGUGUUUGAUCCAAUCCAAUGAGAAAAUGACAUGCCCAAGAUCUUGUAUUUAUUCCGAUCUACCAUCUCUCUCUACCGCUCAUCUCUCGCCCAGAGCUAUAUCCUAUGCUCUCUCCUCUUCCCCUUAGGUCGGACGCAGCCUACACCACCCCGUUCGUCUAAUAUCCCGAGGAUUGGCUUUGAGCUGCCAAGAAAUGGAUGGGGAUGCAUUUUCUGGGGCACAGAUAGAUGGGAGGGUAUUGCAGACAUUUCAGAAAAGUUUUGUGCAAGUUCAAAAUAUUUUGGAUCAUAAUAGGCUGCUGAUUAGUGAGAUUAAUCAGAAUCAUGAGUCCAAAAGCCCGGAUAAUUUGACCCGAAAUGUCGGUCUGAUUAAGGAACUAAACAACAACAUCAGAAAGGUUGUCGAUCUCUACGCUGAUCUAUCGACCUCCUUCUCUAUAUCCAUGGAUGCUUCUUCCGAAGGCGACUCUAGCGGUCACAAGAGGCACAGGCCUUAUUAGAAUGGCAACUUGGCAAGACUUAAUUUUUAUGGGAAAAGAAAUCAUAGAUAUAUUGUAGUAAGAUUAAUUCUUUUUCCUAAUUAAUGUAACUGCUACAAAUAAUUCUUCAGAAAAAGGAAAAAACUCUGCUGUUGUUAAUGUGUAUGCAGAUGUAUGUGCUUGGAGGAAGAAUGUUUGUAACUUUGUAUCUCCUGAUCUCCUGUUCUAGUUGUUCUUAUGAUGGACGAUUAAUUGCAUUUAGUGUAAUUUCUGAGGCUAUUAAAAUUGGAAUAAUGUGCAAUUUGUCAAUGCA